AUGUCUAGUUCCGAAUCUUCAACAGAGGAUGUUUCUUCCUCAAAAACCUCAUCUGCUGCCGAAAAUAGCAAUACUCAUUCACCUCCACAGAUCAAUUUGACCUUUCCACAUGCUGCGCAACCGGAUAUUAUUCGAGCUAAUCAGAAGGAUGUCUAUUAUCAAAGUGUAUUGGAAGAGCAAGUUACCAACGUUUUUCGUUUGUUUUUCGGUACCCAAACCUUGGGAGAAGAAUACUGCGAUAUAAUACAAAUCUCAGAAUCGAUCAAAAAGACUCCACCUGUCAGGGUCAGUGAACACGCAAUUUGGCGAAUACCUGUUAUGUGCCGCGGAUCUGAACGGAUUAACAAGAUUCGCAAGAACGUUCGAUCGGCUCCAAGAGUCAAACAUCGAUUUCAAGAUCGCGAAACACCCGGGUCGCAGAAUUUAAACUUGAAAGAAUUU